GGGGAUGCGGAGAGGGGGAUACGGGGCUGGGGGGUGUCACAGCCCGUCCCCUCCCGCUCAGCCAAUGUGCGGUGAGCGCUGCCCGCACCUGGGAUGGCGGCGGCGGCCUCGGGCGGAUGCGGAGGGCGAAGGCGCUUCCGGGGGUGGCCGUGCCCGUGGCCGCGAUGGCGGCGCCCGAAGGGGCCGGGGGGACCGGGCGGCCGUAGGGUCGGUCCGGGCCAUGGGCAACGCGUUGGGCACCGCCGCACCCCGCGGCCCGCGCCGGGGGGAACCUCUGGGCAGCCCCGGCAGCUUCGAUGAACUGCACCGGCAGUGCAAAGAGGUUUUCCCGCAGCAGAUGGAAGGGGUGAAGCUGAUCGUCAACAAGACCCUGAGCAGCCACUUCCAGGUGACACACAUGGUUCACAUGAGCACCCUCGGCCCCUCCAACUACCACUUCAAUGCCACCUUCGUGGGGGACCGGCAGCUCAGCCCCACUGAGGUCUUUCCCACGCUGGUUGGGGACAUGGACAACAGUGGCAGCCUCAAUGCCCAAGUGCUGCAGCUCGUGGCCGAGCGCAUCCGCACCAAAGCCGUCUUCCAGACACACCAGGCCAAGUUUGUGACGUGGCAGUUUGAUGGCGAGUACCGUGGGGACGACUGCACAGCCACCCUCACGCUGGGCAACCCCGACCUUCUUGGCGAGUCUGUGAUCCUGGUGGCCCAUUUCCUCCAGAGCGUCACCCCCCGUCUGGUUCUGGGUGGGGAGAUGGUUUAUCACCGGCGGCCAGGGGAGGAGGGAGCCAUUCUCACACUCGCUGGCAAAUACACGGCUCAGAAGUGGGUGGCGACGCUGAAUGUGGGGUAUGGCGGAGCCCACGCCAGCUACUACCACCGAGCCAACGAGCAGGUGCAGGUCGGAGUGGAGCUGGAGGCCAACACACGGCUGCAGGACACCACCUUUGCCUUUGGCUACCAGCUCAACCUGCCACAAGCCAACAUGGUCUUCAGAGGGCUCCUGGACAGUAACUGGAGCGUCGGGGGGGUGCUGGAGAAGAAGCUGCCCCCCCUGCCUGUCACCCUGGCUCUGGGCGCCUUCCUCAACCACUGGAAGAACCGUUUCCACUGCGGCUUCAGUGUCAUCGUGGGCUGAGGGGCUGCUCAGGGAAGUGCUGUGCCACGGAGGUGGCUGCCGGGCCCCGGCUCUCACACUGGGAGAGCUGGCGGAGGGGAGACCCUCGUCCCCGGAGGCCAGGGGACACUGUGACAGUGCGUGGCAGCUGUUGGCACCUCUGGGCUGGGGAGCGGCUGCCGCUGGGGGCCACGCUUGGCCCCAGCGCUCACUCACGCCACACUCCUUCCACCCUUGUUCUGCCUCAGUUUCCCUCCGUUGGCGCAUGGGGUGGCUCCAGGCCGCAGGGCUGGAGGUGCCGGCGGUGCCUGCGGACGCACCCGUGGAGGCUGGAAAAAUAAAGGAGCUUUACUCUGCCCUGU